UCAACGUUCUUCUUUGAUUUGAAGUUUGGUUUAGAUUUAGAAUUUGUGUAGAAACAUAUUCCUUAAAACUAUUCCACUUUGAACUGAACUGGGUAUUCAUUCUUUGCAAGAGUUUUGUUCAUCAUGUCAGAUCAAUCAUUUCAUUCACAUUCUCAUAAUCUUUCAAUCAAUUCUAUCGGAUCAAUUGUGGAACCAACUACUCCUCCUUCCACUGUAAAAACACCCAAUGGUGGUGGUGGUGUUGGUGGUUCUUUUCAACAUAAAAGAUCAUUUCUGAAUUUGUGGGAUAAUCAAUCAUCUGUCACCAAUACCACGUACAAACAUAUUAAUGAUCUUCAAUUACCAAACUUUAACUUGGAUCAAUCUUUACCAUUAAAUGUCAAUCAUCUGAUUAUCAAUAGGGCAAUCCCUCACACUCAUUUUAACUCUACUACUACUACAAGUAUCCCUACUCCUCCUCCACCCGCAUCAUCUACAAAUAUUGUUGCCACUCCAACUAAAACCACAAGUAUUGAUCAGGAAAAUCCCAAAGUACUUACAUUGAAUCCUAUCACUCAUCCAUGCUCCAUUGAUAAAGAUUAUCUUUGUUCAAUCAAUAAAAUUCCCCUCGCCAAUUUAAAAUCGGAGAUUUUAAAAUUAUCAAAAGAUCAAUAUGGUUGUAGAUUUUUACAAAAGAAAAUUGAUGAGAAUCUUGUCUUGAAUUAUAAUCAAAGAUUGGAAAAUUUUGAAAUUAUCUUUAAUGAAAUCUAUCAAUAUUUCUAUGAAUUAAUCAUUGAUCCAUUUGGGAAUUAUUUAAUUCAAAAAUUGAUUGGUUAUUGUAAUGAAGCCAAAUUAAAUUUGAUUUUAGAAAUUUUACAAUUUAAUUUGUUUCAAAUUUCCAUUAAUCAACAUGGUACUAGAGCAUUACAGAAAAUCAUUGAUUCCUUGGUCAAUCAAUAUCAAUUGGAUUUAUUAGUACAAGGUCUUCAACCUUAUAUAAUUGAAUUGAUUAAAGAUUUGAAUGGGAAUCAUGUGAUUCAGAAGAUUUUGAAUAAAUUUAAACCAAUUCAAUGUCAAUUUAUUUAUAAUUCAAUUCUUGAUGAUUUGGUCACAGUUGCCACUCAUAAACAUGGAUGUUGUGUUUUACAAAAAUGUCUUAAUCAUGUCAUUCCAUUACAAUUGGUUGAAUUUCUGAAGAAAAUUUUACAAUUUGGUACUUUUUUCAAAUUAAUUAAUGAUCAAUUUGGUAAUUAUGUCUUGCAAUAUCUUAUUUCAAUUAAUUCAAUUAACAUUAAUUAUAAGAUUUAUGAUAAUUUCUUAAAAUUUGGUAUCAAUAAUUUAUGUAAUUUGAAAUUUUCAUCAAAUGUUAUUGAAAAAUUUUUAAAAAAUUGUUUUACAAAUGAAAAUAAGAAUAAAAAGAAGAUUAAGAAUGAAGAUGAAGAACUUGUCAAGUUUUUAGAUGAAUUAAAAUUGGAUAAUAAUCAAAAAUCUAAUCAUUAUAAUGAACUGGGUGCCCGUGCACGUGACAACUUAUCUAAUGAUAAUCAUAAUUCAAUCACCAAUAGUUCAACUGUUUUAACAUUUACAGAUUUAAAGUAUGAUUUAAUUUAUCAAAUUCUUUUAUCUGAUUUAAACAAGUUAAUCAAUGAUCCUUAUGGAAAUUAUGUGAUUCAAACUUUAUUGGAUGUUUUGAAUAAUAAUCAAAAAUCAAAUAAAAUUUAUCUUUUAUUACCAGAAGGUUUAAAUGAUUCAGAAUCAAUUCAAGUUCAAAUUAUUAAGAAAUGGUUCCUUAAUUGUAAAAUUUUAUCAAGUUUUGGGAAAAGAAUUCAACUGAAAAUCAAUAGUAUUUUAAAUGGUAGUUUACCACAGCAACAACUGCUGCAACAACAACACCAACAUUCAAAUUACUAUAAGAAAAGCCUACCACUUAAUAUGAAUUCUAAUGGGGAAUUUAUCCAAGAAAAUUUUUACGCACGUUCAGCUUCAAUUUCAAGCUCUGGUCCUAGUUCUAAUGCUCACCUCAGAGCACAAUCUCUUUCAUUUCUACCAUCUCAAUCAAAUUAUGUUUUAGGUGGUCAAUCUCAACAAAUCCAACCGCAACAAUACCCAUAUACGCAUUACUCUCAGCAUAGUUCAAGUGGUGGUAAUAUGCCAGUGAAUCCGGGGCAAUCUGCUCAAUUUACUCUGCCAUACCUGCAGAACUUUUCGACGGCCCAAUCUACCAUUCAGCCUCAUCCGCAACAUACACACACACGCUUGAACUCCCAUUCUAACGAUUUCAUGAUCCAGAACAAUAUUCCUCUGCAAUAUUCUUCGACUUACGCCAUCCCACCACAUUCCCAAUCAUACUAUCAAGGUUAGGGACAACAAUAACAACAAAAAAUAUGUAUUCUUAUGUUUCAUUAUAUAGCUAAAUAUAACACUUGGCCAUUUGCCGGCAAAUAAUA